GCUUUGUUUCUCAGGGUGCUUGUUUUAGCGGUUGCAUACAGACAUCGCAAAAACGCAUGUGGUUGUUAUGCUUAUGUUUGUAACUUAACGUUUCUAUAAUCAUCAAUAUUUCGUGCUCUGUCUUUGAAAUACAUAGCGACAUACUGCCGAAAUGAAGCUUUUAACUCAUAACAUGUUAACAUCCCACGUGAAAGGUGUGACAAAAGGAUACCCACUAAUUAUCAAGGCAACAGAAGUGAAAGUGAGUGAGUUGGAGUUUAAUGCUCAGUUUGUGAGCCGAAUGAUUCCUAAGCUGGAGUGGAGCGCAUUGAUCCAGGCAGCAGAAUGGCUUGGACAAUCUCAAGACCUGCCCAGCGCACUCAUACCAAACUAUGAAAGCGAUGAGGAGUUCCUGCGUAAAGUUCACAGAAUUCUUCUCGAGGUCGAGGUUAUAGAGGGAUGUUUACAGUGUCCUGAAUCUGGCAGAGAGUUCCCCAUCUCCAAAGGUGUUCCCAACAUGUUACUCAAUGACGGCGAGUAGAUCAAGCUGCUACACGUGUCCCAGAAGAAAAGAUACUGAAUAUCAGACCCACAGUUGUUUUAGAAUUUUUUGGGGUGCCGUUUGAUGAUGCAGAGAAAUACAAGACCAUAAUUCAAUAGUUGUUCUGAUUUACGGUCAUUUUCAACUACUGUCUCCAAACAUGUGGUUGCUUUGAGAAUUUACUUUUUGUUGAUUCUGUCAUUGUAUAUUGUGCUUUGUAAAAUAUAAAAUAAAUUUGUAUUGAUUAA